ACUGCUGCCUCCCGCCGUCUGCGUCCUCACUGGAACCAUGAAACAUGUAUAGUGUCAGCAUUAAAUUAAUACCAGUAAAACUGGACCUUACCUUUUGCGAGCACGAACAUCCAGGAUGCGUAGCCGAACAGCAAUCCCUCUUUGUUUCCGCAUGUGUGACGUAAGAAAAGUGUUGUGGGCGCGGCCUCUGGUUUGAGUUCAACCACCAAUCAGCGAAGACAGGAAAUCGCGGUUUGUUCAAUUUGUUGUUUACGUAUCUCGUGGAGCUUUUAACAGGUUGCCGCGUUGCUCUCGUCGGGACUCCGGGACAGACGCCCCGCUGUAUACGCUCCGCCGCGUCCGUUAAGCCUCGCAAAGCUGCUGCAUUCAUUAUUAAAAGUGCUCCAAGAUGCCCGUGGUACUGCGAUCCAGAAAGUCCCUCCACCCCAGUGAGGUGAGAGAGGUAGAGUUACUCGUGUCAUUACCGGUAUCAGGGAAGAGAAGGUCCAGGCGGAGGCUGGGGAGACCUACGACUUACGAGGACUCAGACGAGUCAGACUCUGAGUCUGUCCAGCGUCAGGAGAUGGAGAGACAUGAGGCUGACCUGGAGGAGGAAGCUGCCGAGGAGGCAGAUCAGAAGGGCCUGAAGGAUUGUAGUGUUGUGCUGGACCGUCUCCACGCUGAUGACAAGAGUUUGAAAAAAGACCUCGAAGAGAAAGAAGACAUGAACCGCAAAGGUGGGAAACCAGUCUCCAGAAUCCCAACUUUCCAGAAACGACCCGCUGGCGCCGGUCAGAACAUUGAGCUGCCUGUUCCCAAAAAAGAUACUCCAGUCCAUGUAGCUCAGCCUCCUGAGAAACUUGGAAGUGUGGAAGCUUCAAAAUCCAAACUACCUGAUGUCAGAGAAACAGUGCUUCCCUCGCUAUUGGUCCGCACACCCAAAAUUGGUUUUGAGGCCCCUUCUGCAUUCGGCAGGCCAGAACUAGCUGCUGCAACAGCUCAUGGCCCUCUGAUUGCUGCCCGACCUGGGCAUUCCCCUCUUCUGACUGCAAGUCCCAGGCCUGCUCUCAGAUCAGAGCAAGACAAGAACGAAACCUCAGAAACCGUCCCAGAUGGCUCUGUAGGCCCUCUUCCACAUGAGAGCUUCCCCAGCAAGACGUUCCAGGAGGAAACAGCAGAGACGUAUGAUGCUGCAGUUAAAGACAGGAUUCCCCUCACUCUGUCUGAACACACCAAAGACCAGUCUGCAGAGAUCUCUCAUGAAUCUGAAGACAGUCAAGUGGAGGCUAUUAUGGAUGAAGAGCCUCCGUGGGAGACAGAGGCGCUGAACACAGCUGGUUUAAAGGAUAGUAUAUCUUCAUCAGAAGCUGAAUGUGAGGAUGAUUUGGCUGGUGAAAGAUCAGAGUACGUGAAGGAGCAUCAUGAGCCGCUGAUAAGCCUGUCGAAGUUUCCAAAGCUCGAAGAGGAAAAAGCGAAUAUUGCUGAGUCAGCCUCUACUGUAGCACCAAAGACGCCUGCUAAAGCAAGAGCAACCAAGUCAGCCAAGAGGUCUGGAUGCCCCAGUUGUACCGCCUUCUGCUUCCUGACCACCACCUUGCUGCUUCUCGGAGGGUUCUCUCAGCAUGUGUGGCACUAUGGGCUUCCCACGUCCUUGUCCCAGCUCACGGCUCAGCUGGAGUUGCACUGGCUGGAGGGCUUUGGAUUAGUACCAAAGCCCUGUAGCACUGACUGUCGAGCGCAUCUGGUGGAAAGCAUCCCUGUCGGUCUCUACCUGUCUUCCCCCUCCUCGAGACAGAGCAUCACAGACAGCUGGCUGCACCUGCUGGACAAAGCCAACAGCUCAGUCCAUAUCGCCGCUUUUUAUUUCACACUGCGGGGCGAUGAUUUGGGGUUGCAUGAACCCUUGGACUCUGAGGGAAGAAAGGUCUUCGAGCACCUGAUGAAACUUGAAUCCAGAGGUGUAAAACUCCAAGUUGCCGUCAAUGCCCCCCAGGAUUCAACUCGAGACACAGCCGACCUGGCUGCGACAGGUGCCGAGCUCAGAGAGGUGGAUCUUAAAGCUGUAACUGGAGGCAUUGUCCACACCAAGCUGUGGGUGGUUGACCAAAAGCACCUCUAUCUGGGUAGUGCUAACAUGGACUGGCGCUCUCUAAGUCAGGUGAAGGAGGUGGGUCUGUCAGUGGAGGACUGCAGCUGUCUGGCUCAGGAUGCCUUUCGGAUCUUUGGAGUGUACUGGAGCAUUGGUGGUGUGAAAAAUGGUUCCCUGCCUCCAUACUGGCCCGCUCGCCUCUCUGCCCUGUCCAGCUCCCAGAACCCCCUGCAUCUGAAGUUCAAUGGCAUCCCUGCUCGUGUCUACCUCUCUAGUGCCCCUCCACAAAUCUCAGCUCGUGGCCGCUCUGACGACCUUUCCACUAUUCUGUCUGUCAUCAACGACGCUCAGAAGUUCAUUUACAUCUCUGUCAUGGACUACCUUCCACUGUCUCAGUUCACAGAGCCACUCCGGUUCUGGCCCACCAUUGACUCGGCCCUGCGCGCUGCAGCGUGCACCAGAGGGGUGCAGGUCCGACUGAUGGUCAGCUGCUGGCAGCAUUCGUAUCCUGACAUGUUCAUCUUCCUGCAAUCACUGCAGGUGCUCAGCAGACCUCCGCUGACGUGUGACAUUGAUGUGAAAAUCUUUACAGUGCCUUCAACAGCAGAGCAGAAGAAGAUUCCAUAUGCACGAGUCAAUCAUGCCAAAUACAUGGUUACAGACAGAGUGGUCUAUAUAGGGACGUCCAACUGGUCAGAAAACUACUUCACUUUUACCGCUGGUGUGGGUUUGGUGGUGAACCAGACGGGCUCUGCAGUUGAUCCCGGCCAGCAGACUCUACAGCGCCAGGCAGAGGACCUCUUCCUCAGAGACUGGGAGUCUGAGUAUGCCACCACACUCUCUGUUGAUGAUGUGGACGUGUGUCCGCGUCACUGAGGGAAUCAAUAAAGAGCGCUGCAUUAAGAUGAGCAGCGUGCUUGCUUGUUUUUCCCACUUGAAGUUCAUUGCACCUAUGCAGAAUCCGCUUGCUGUUUGUUUUUACUGCUGUUUACCGACUGGCUGCCUUUUUUCUGUAUAUAAUUGAUUUUCAGAGGUUUUUUUUUUUUAAAUAUUCUGCAAUGUUUUUACAAUUUUCUCAUCAGCUGAGGUGCCGGGGAACUCCAUCUGUAUGUUUAUUUUAUUUCAUUAUGUAUGUUUUCCUUGAAAAUGUUGGUGCCAAACUUGAACGAUCUCCAAAGAAGCGCAUCAGCUGCUAAUGAAACCCUCUGAGAUAUCAGAGCUGCCGUUCCUGUAAAUACUGAGUUUUCCAUUUUUAGCAGUUUGAAUGUGUGGAAGAGGAUCACUCGCUCCGAUGAGAGCGAGCACAUUUUGUUUUCCUUUGCUGGUUUUACUGUAUUGUCUUUCCCAUUUCCGUCUGUUGUGUGUUUGCCUUCCUCCUUCUGGAUGAAACAAAUGAUUUCACCUGGUUCCUGAGAAAAGCAUUUCAGUAUAAAUAAAAUGUGCUUCCUAACUGGUGGCCUUUAAGACC